UUUAGCUUGAGUGUUGGGUUUGUGUCAUGUGUUUGAGCUCUCUGUGAUUCUGACUUCCAUUAAUUCUAAAAUGUGAGAAUUAAUAAAAUUUUAAUAUUCACACCCAUUAUUUUUAAAUUUUACAUGAAUGAAUAAACGCUAAAUGGAAGUCCAUUUUUUUAACUUUUUUUAAUAUUUGUAUAUUCAUUUCGAUUUUUAGCUCAUUUUAAUUAUGGGAUGUAAGUGUUCACGGCCUAGGGGAUUGGAUUCCCCUCACCUCAAGCACAAACCUGGUAGCGGUGAUACUGAAGAUCCCCUGUCUUUUGAAUCUGACAUUAAACUUAAACCAAGUAUGUACAUUGGAAACAUAAAGGAUGAAUUUAACAGCUUGUAUACAGUAUGUAGGAAACUAGGAACCGGCGCUUACGGCACAGUGUUCCUUUGCACUAGAAUAAAUAGUACCAAAGAGUACGCAGUAAAGGUCAUAAAGAAGUUAAGAUCCUCAUCAAUUGAUUCCUCCCAGGGCCGCUUGAGGGAGGUUAAGUAUUUGAAGGAACUAGACCACCCGAACAUUGCAAGAUUAUAUGACGUAUAUGAAGAUUCGGUGGCAUAUUAUAUAGUUAUGGAGCCAUGCUAUGGCGGGGAACUGUUUGAUGAGAUUAUCAAACGACAACGCAUUACUGAACAUGAGUCAGCCUGCCUGAUUAAGCAAAUCCUUUCUGGAGUUUGCUACUUACACAAAAAUAACAUUGUUCACCGAGACCUCAAGCCUGAAAACCUUUUACUUGAAAAACCUGGCUCUUUAGAUAGGAUAAAAAUAGUAGAUUUUGGCCUUUCAGCCCAUUUCGGCAAUCAUGUUCUAAAGGAAAGAUUAGGAACUGUGUAUUACAUCGCACCUGAGGUCCUUAACCGAAACUACCAUGAAAAGUGCGACGUCUGGUCAUGUGGAAUUAUUCUUUACAUUCUACUCUGUGGAUAUCCACCCUUUACUUCACCGAACGAUAGUGACAUUAUACGUAUGAUAAUAGCUGGAAAGUACACCUUUCCUGAUAAAGAAUGGCGUGAUGUGUCUGAAGACGCCAAAAAUCUUAUUGAUCUCAUGCUUACAUAUGAUCCGAAGAAGAGAAUAUCAGCAGCGCAGGCACUGAACCACCCUUGGGUCCUCAAGUAUUCCAACGCUGGGAGGGAAACGGCUCCAACAAGAAGCAUGUCCCUCGCACUACAAAACCUAAAAACAUUUACAAAAACACAAAAACUUGCACAAGCGGUAAUGCUUUUAAUGGCAAACAAGUUCACCACCAACGACGAGAUCAAUGAACUCUCGAAACUAUUCUCACAGUUGGACACUAAUGGGGACGGCGCACUUGACCGAAGUGAACUAAUUCAAGGAUAUAAAAGUAUUAAACAGAAUUUACGUGACGGCUGCUCAAGGAUGAGCAAUGAGGAGAUUGAGAAGGAGGUGGAUGAAAUCAUCAGGUCAUGUGAUUUGGAUCACAGUGGCUCAAUUGACUAUUCAGAAUUCAUAACUGGAUGCAUCGACAAACUAACCCUACUUUCAAAGGAGAGGCUUAAACUAGCGUUUUCAACGUUUGAUGUCGAUGGCUCCGGCAAAAUAAGCAAUUCUGAACUAUCACAGAUACUGGGAGUUUCAAAUGCCCCGAACUUAUUUAACCAAAUUUUAAACGAAAUUGACACUAAUCAUGACGGAGAGAUAGAUUUUGAAGAGUUUGAACGAAUGCUGGACAAGAUUACACUCGGAUAGAUUUACGAUUUUAAUUAGAAUUCAAAGAUGAAUUUACUAUGUACAUGUA